GUAUUCAGCACUGCCACACAAAUGUUUUCCGAAACAUUUGUACCGUCAAUAUUUUCAUAUAAACAUCGACUAUUACAUCUUUCAGUGUUAUUCUUCAUAGUUCCAUAUUGGUAUAGCUACUACAAUGAUCAACAUCGUCUCUCGUCGUAUUCAGUUGAGACGGCAAUGUUUUUAUCAUGGGAGCGAGCAAUCGUCAAGCCUGGAGCAAUGUUCAAAAAAGCAGUUAUAGGAUUCAAUUGCAACGUGGAUCUGAUUGUUAGCGGAGUUCGUGUGGUCGAUGCGUUGAACACGACGUGUUCAGAAGGAAAAGAUCAGGAAACACUCGAAACAUUGGCAGAUUUGCAUCAAACAUUUGCACAUUUCUUCCAAAGAGGAGCCGCUGCCGAAAGAUACAUGUCAUCAGAAGAUCAAUUCAACCUUCUCGUUGCCGAAUCUGAAGCAUCCACCCGAUCCCACCAUCAUAUCGGAGGAAACGCUGCGCUUAUGGCAGACAGAAUUGCUGCAAACUUCCCAAGUACUGAAGUCUAUUUGGUUGGACCAAUUGGGCCGCGUAGUCAAGCACUUCUUCAUCCCAGUGUCAAACGAACGAAUUCGACAAGAAUUUUGAAAGACGAGCUGCACGUAAUUCUUGAGUAUAAGCAAGGAGAGAUUCUCGGAGAUUGGGUGGCACCGAGUAGCAGUCGCUUCAUUACAAGUCAUGAUCAUUUCAGUGGUUCGAUGGUGGUUAUGGAAAUGUUCUUUAAAGCAAUCGCUCAAUUCCGUCCAGAUCUUGUCGUUAUCACCGGUGUUCAUUUACUCGAAUUUCAAAGUAAAGAAAUGCGACAGGAAAAGAUGAGGCUUAUCAAGCGAAAUCUUCUUCAAAUCCCGCCGAAAGUUCCGAUUCAUUUGGAGCUUGGAAGUUUGGCCGAUGAGAUUUUCUCAACUGAUGUUAUCAAUAAGAUCCUACCAUACGUAGAUUCUCUUGGUAUUAAUGAGCAAGAGCUCACAUUCCUGUCACAUAUUGCAAAUGGACCACAUAUGGAAGAAUAUCCGGUACAAGCUGGAACCGUUCAUGUGCACAAAGUUGUAGAGAUGCUCCAUUGGCUCUUGAAGACAUAUGGAAGAGAUCCCACUGGACAAAUUGCGUCGAAAACUGGAUACCGGCUCUCUCGAAUUCAUUUCCAUUGUCUCACGUAUCACAUUAUGGUAUCUUCUGGAACAGAUUGGUCUAAUCUUGCUGCUGGCCUUGCUGCCGGAGCCAGAAUCGCUGGUCGAUUGUCAUGUAAUAUUGGAGCAAAUACGAUGGAUUCGGAGCUGCUGGAAAUUAGAACUCCGGCGAAUUUUGUGUUGGAUAAGAAGAUUGAGAAGAAUUAUCAAUUUGAAGCUCAUAACCCAAUAGCAUCAUGGAUGCGUGAAGAUGUUCUAUUCGUGUUCACACCUGUUCUUGUAUGCCGUUUACCAUCAAAAACCGUCGGAAUUGAUGAUGCAAUUUCUGCUACCGGACUUCUUUAUUCACAAUUUUAUCGCUUGAAUAGACCCACUCAUUGGUAGACUUUCACAUGGUGUCGGGUUAUCCCAUCACGGGUUGAUGUACAAGAAAUGCGGGAUUUCUGCGUCUCGCUCACCGCAUUUUUGUAGAUCACACCGUGAUGGGACACUCUGACACCACGUGUACUUUAUUGUAAAAAUUUGUUCAUUCUCCCCAUUUUUUGCCAUUUUUUUCAUGUAUUUUCUCUUUUCCCCCCAAAGAUUCUGUGAAUUUUGUUAUGAUUAUGUGCCUGUAAUUUUUGUAAAUGUAAAUAGUAAUAAAUACCCUUUUUUUUCU